AUGGCUCAAAAUGAUAGGAAUACAAGAAUUGCCCAAAAGGCUUUUGAAAUAGUCGAUAACAUGUAUGAUAUUACUGCUCGCCGAGUCAUUUCUCAGUUUUCAUAUGAGUCAACUAUUGUAAAACCGGUGGUUUAUCAUCCCACGGAUCGUAUUCAAUACUUCAGUGGUGCUCGUCCUUUUAUUGGCCAUGUUGACCGCUUUGAGAGGCCACAAGAACGGGCUAUUAACUGCGAUAAGGCGGUUCAGCUCUAUGGAGGGGUUCUUAUAAAGGAAUUUCGUAAUUAA